AAAACCAGAGAGAAGGGAGGGAGGGAGGGAGGGAGAAGCAGAAUAGAAUCAACGCUACCAGAAAAAAGAGCUCCCUCCUCGAUUCCUGUACCCAAACUUUGUCGAAGUUUCCAUUUUGGUCCCCGGUUCUUCUGCUCACCUCGCAGGCAGGCCCUCUCCUGCUCCAUUCAGGGAGCACCGGCGUGCUGCUUCGCAGAUCCGAUCUCUUCCGAUCGGGCGACUUUCAUGAUCUGAGCGGACUCCAGCUGUCGCCAUGGGUAUCAUGUUCACUCGGCUGUUCUCCUCUCUGUUCGGCAACAGAGAGGCUCGGAUCCUCGUGCUUGGCCUCGACAAUGCCGGAAAAACCACCAUCCUUUAUCGUCUGCAGAUGGGCGAGGUUGUGUCGACUAUUCCAACAAUUGGAUUUAACGUGGAAACCGUGCAGUAUAACAACAUCAAGUUUCAAGUCUGGGAUCUAGGUGGGCAAACAAGUAUCAGGCCAUAUUGGAGAUGCUAUUUUCCAAACACGCAAGCCAUAAUUUAUGUUGUUGAUUCGAGCGACACAGAUAGACUAGUAAUUGCCAAAGAUGAGUUCCAUGCAAUCCUGGAGGAAGAAGAGUUAAGAGGAGCUGUUGUACUGAUCUUUGCCAACAAGCAGGAUCUCCCUGGAGCACUUGACGAUGCUGCAAUCGCUGAGGCUCUGGAGUUGCAUAAGAUCAAGAAUCGCCAGUGGGCUAUCUUCAAAACCUCUGCUAUCAAAGGAGAAGGGCUAUUUGAAGGCUUGGACUGGUUAAGUAAUACAUUGAAGUCGGGAGGAGGCUAAAGAAGGACCAGAAAGUAAUUCUGCCCUCUGCCUUUUGUGUUGCUUGUUCAGCCGAGAUUUUCUUUUCUUCUGCCAGGAAUAUCAUUGGACAUACACUGAUUUUUGGAGCAAAUGAGAUCCUUUAUUUCCUAUAGGUGUGAAAUUUCCAUAGAGGUAUUAUAUGAAUGUCGUGACAAGUGACGAUGCUCUCUAGGUUUCUUGCUUCCCUUCCCUCUUUUACUUUCUUCGAACCUCUCCUGCUCGUAAAAAAUAAUUAACUGUAACUCUAGAUUCCAAGUAUUUACGAGGACUACUGAUGCUUUUAACA